AGGUUAAAUUGAAUAUCUGCGCAACACAGCUUCUUGCAGAAGAACCACCACACUGUUUUACACUUAGGAAAAUAUGAGAAUAAACAGGGAGUGUUGUUCUCUCUGAACUAAAAAUAAUCUGUGCCUUGCUGAGGACAGCGGCAGGAAUCAGACACUUGAAUCAAUGUUAUCGGAUGAGUUAGAAUCCAAACCUGAGCUGCUGGUUCAGUUUGUUCAGAAUACUUCUAUUCCACUGGGGCAAGGGCUGGUGGAGUCGGAACCGAAAGACAUCACCUGUCUUUCUCUCCUUCCUGUUACUGAGACCUCAGAAUGCAACAGACUCAUGUUGCCAGAUGAUGAAAGAGAUCUCACUUCUCCAAGUCACACUAAUUCUCCCAAAGAUGUUUCUUCAUCUGCUGUCUUGAGAAGUCUCCAGGUAAAUGUGGGCCCUGAUGGAGAGGAAACAAGGGCACAGAAUGUACAGAAACCAUCUGAACUUCUGUCAACUCCAGAGACUUCCAGUUUAUUGCAAGACCUCCAGCCCAGUGACAGCACUUCGUUUAUUCUUCUCAACCUAACAAGAGCAGGGCUGGGGUCUCCAGCAGAGCACUUGGUGUUUGUUCAAGAUGAAGCAGAGGACUCUGGGAAUGACUUUCUGUCUCACGAUAGCACAGACAGCAGUACCCCAUGGUUCCUACGAGUGCAAGAAUUGGCCCACGACAGUUUAAUUGCUGCCACUCGGGCACAGCUCGCUAAGAAUGCCAAAGCAAGCAAUAAUGGUGAAAAUGUUCAUCUUUGCUCAGGAGAUGGGCAGCCGAAAGACUCUAGCCCCAUUCCUCAUUUAUCUCGCGUGGAAAGGAAGCUGAAGUGCACAGUUGAGGGAUGCGAUCGGACAUUUGUGUGGCCAGCUCACUUCAAGUAUCAUCUGAAAACACACCGGAACGACCGCUCCUUCACCUGCCCAGCAGAAGGCUGUGGAAAAAGUUUCUACGUCUUGCAGAGGCUGAAAGUGCACAUGAGAACUCACAAUGGUGAAAAACCCUUUGUGUGCACAGAGCUGGGCUGUGGGAAGCAGUUCACAACAGCUGGAAAUCUGAAGAACCACCUACGAAUUCACACUGGGGAAAAACCCUUUCUGUGUGAGGCACAGGGAUGUGGUCGCUCCUUUGCAGAAUACUCCAGCCUUCGGAAACAUUUGGUUGUCCACUCAGGAGUGAAACCCCAUCAGUGCCAAAUCUGUGGGAAGACAUUUUCCCAGAGUGGUAGCAGAAAUGUGCAUAUGAGGAAACACCACUCCCGAAUUGGAACAUCUGGCAGCAGAGAGCGAGAACAGCCAGAGUCACUGAUGGGCAGCAGUUUGCUGGAAGAAUCUACAGUCCAUAGUAAGAAUCUCAUCUCCAUGAACUCUCAGCCCAGCCUUGGUGUUGAGUCUCUGCACCUGCCAGACACUGAGUCUAUUAUUGGAGUAGAGGAGGGUGAGACCAGCUGCUCUUUUUUCCGCCCUCUUAUAUGUGGUGACUGAAGUGGGAUCGAUCAUUUCUCCUAGAGGCUCACCAUGUUGCAGUGGGAUGAGUGAACAUUGCUUUAACUGUGCACAGAGCGGGUGGGUAGAUGGAGAAUGGGGCCAACUGGAGUUGGAGAAGACCUACUGGACCAAGUUUCUCUCUUGCAGAGCUUAAAAGGUGAAGUCUGCUGCUUAGGUGUCAUUUAGCCCAUGCCAUGGAACGCCAUUUCAAAACUGUUUAUGCAGUCCAUUCUCCUAAACCCUAAAGCGUUUGUUUUGCUGGAGCACCUAGGAGCCCCAGUUAAGGACCAGGACCUCAUUGUGCUAGGCACUGUACAAACAUUCAGUAUCUUGAGCAACAGGCCUUCCUUCCAUCCUUUACCUUCAGAGACUAUAUUCUAAUACAUCUCACUGUCAGAAGCUGACUUACUAUCUGAAAUAAAUGUACUACUUGAUAUCAUUUAAUUACA